UUACAGGUUUGGAACGACAUGGGGGUUUUAAUGUGGAUACUCUUCCAGUGUACGCCAAAAGAUCCCAAAGGAUGGUCAUAACUGCACCUCCAAUAACAAAUGCUCCAGUCGUCCCAAAAGCCCUCAUAGCCGGACAGAAGUGCACUCAUCCAACAUACAUCCCCAGCCACUUCCCAGAAUUCCCAGAUCCUCAUACAUACAUCAAAACGCCAGUCAGUUAUUCUGCUCACCUGAUGCCUUGCUAUUGUGUGACUUUCAGCUUAAUAACCAAUAACAUUAAGAACAUACAUUCUGCUAUGGCAGAAUGUAUGUUCUUAAUGUUGGCAGCAUCACAGAGGAGAGAUGUGGAACGUGCGCUCACACGCUUCAUGGCCAAGACAGGAGAGACGGAAAGCCUUUUUAAGGAUGACAUCAGUGCAUUCCCUUUGAUCACAGCAAAGCCAAGCGCCAUCCCUUACCUGAGUGCCCUGCUGCCCUCUGAACUAGAGCUUCAGACACUGGAGGAGACAGAUUCAUCCGAGCAGGACGACCAGACAGACACUGAGAACAACUCUAGUAACGUCAGUCAGGAUGACCAAAGUGCAGAUAAGGAGAAUGUAGUGCUGCCGCCUGGUGGUGUUGUGCCUACAGGGAAGGCCAAUGAGGAAAACAUGAUUGACAAUCCAUAUCUUCGGCUAGUCAAGAAGCACAAAGGAAGAAGGAAAAAAUUAAAAUUUAUAUAUUGACUCGGCUACUUCUAUAUCAGCUGAUUAGGAUGGAUGAAGACUUCUUAGCACGUGCUAAUCACAUUGUGCCACUUGAAGUUACAGCUAACAUACAAGGAACCAGAGUCUUCAACAAUUGCAAUUUGGAAACGCACAGUGGUCCAUCAUGUUACUGAUGUUUGAUUCAUGUAGAAUGACAGACUGUUCUGUACUUCUGAAAAAUAUUAGAUGGAAUUCAAGCAGGCAACUUCUUUUAAGUGUAACACAGCUUACAGUUGUUUUUUGGUAGUUUGUUUUGAUAAGCCUUCCCUUGAGAUAUCAUUUAGUUUUUACAGUUCUAAACAACACAUCAGAAACAUGACAUUCUUUUUUGAUUUGUGUGUACUUGAUGCUCAUUUGUG